AUGCUUCCCGGGUACAGCCUGCACCCCGGCUCUGGCUGACGGACACGCAGUGGUUUGUGCCGCGCCUGCUCGCUCUCUCCAUCCGAACCCGCUGGCUCCUCCUGGGCCACGGCGCGGCUGCCCGAGGUGGCUCCCACGGACGGGAGCGAAGCGCUCCGCUCCGUCCCGGGCCCGCGCUUCCUCGCCGUCGCACACCGCCCCGCGCCUUUCCGCUGCAGCCCCGCCUUUCCUCGCCGCGCUCCCAUGGCCGGGCCGCCGGCGCCGCCGGUCACGCAGCAGGUCGGGCGGGCGCGGGGCUGCGGGCGGCUCCCGGAGCAGGAGCCGCUGCGGGAGGCCGCCCGCUGCCUGGUGCUGGACGCUGACGGCAGGGGCGUCCCCUUCCAGGCCUUGUACGCGGAGCAGAAAGCGAUCGUGCUCUUCGUGCGGAAUUUUUUGUGUUACACCUGUAAGGAGUACGUAGAAGAUCUGGCAAAAGUCCCCAAGGCAUUUUUACAAGAAUCAAAUGUGAGGCUUAUAGUUAUUGGACAGUCAUCAUAUCAUCACAUCAAGCCCUUUUGCAGUUUAACUGGGUAUACACAUGAAAUGUAUGUAGAUCCACAAAGGGAAAUUUACAAAAUACUUGGCAUGAAAAGAGGUGAAGGUAACAAAGUAACAGUUCGGAGCCCUCAUGUGAAAUCAAACACGUUUCUGGGAAGCAUUAGAAGUAUAUGGAGAGCAAUGACUGGCCCAGCUUUUGAUUUUCAAGGAGACCCUGCUCAGCAGGGAGGAGCUUUGAUUAUAGGCCCAGGCAAUGAAGUUCAUUUUCUGCACCUUGAUAAAAACAGGCUGGAUCAUGUUCCCAUUAAUACAGUUUUGCAGCUGGCAGGAGUUAAAACAGUGAAUUUCUCAAACAAACCCCAGAUUAUUGACAUAUGACACUGAUGUAAUAUAUACUCUUUUUAAAAUUUGUGCUCUACAAGAACAGUUCUCCAGUGAAUUCCAACAAGCAUUGGUUCUGUUGUGUCUUCGUGGGACAUCUGAAUCCAUUUGUAGAAAACCAGAGCACACAAUAAACUACCUGACACUAGAGAUGGAUACAAAAAUGCUAUUUCCAUUGAGUUCAAGAUAAUAAAAACUAAAACAAAACUGAGACUGAUGGCAAAAGAUCCUGGAGCUUAUUAUUGUGCCAUUAAACAAUCUUGCUAAUAUAUUUCAAAAAUCAUUGUUCAAGGUACACUAAAGUAAGAAAUCAUUUUUUCCUCAGAAAGAACUUGGGAUUCUUGCCUCCAGCAGAUCAACACUGACUUUCAAUCCAAGACUUCUCAGCACUGUUUUAGAGCUUCCAGCACUGUAUGAAUUUUGUAUUGAAAUACAUCUUGAAAAGUCACAAUUUUUAACACCUGGAUGUAAGCUUAUGCAUACUUUUGCAUCUGGCACUGGCAGAAGUUAUUAAAUACUUUUCGCAAUUUCAAAUAAAGAUGUUAAAUACAUCA